CCAGAUGGCAUCACCGGUCAGAUCACAGAAGCUUGAUGAGCUGAACCACCGGAGUAUACAUUAUCCCAAAACUUCAUGAGGCACGAUACCGAUUACAUUCUUGGCUCUUAUGUUAAUUAAACGUUAACUUUGAAAGUUGGACAUGCCACCUCAAAUGGAUUAUUUUUAUGAAGAACCUCGAGUCCCAUCCGCUUGUGGGCUGACUGCAGCGGACGAACUGGAGCCAGCGGCGAUCAGCUGUAUGCUGGUCGGGGAUGGAGCUGUAGGAAAGACAAGUAUGAUUGUUAGCUAUACAACAAAUGGAUAUCCCACGGAAUAUAAACAGACAGGUUUUGACGUAUUUUCAGGUCAGGUACAAAUUGAAGGAGCCCCUGUAAAAGUUCAGUUGCUCGACACAGCCGGCCAGGAAGAAUUCGACAGCUUCCGCUCGCUCUCCUACUCCCAGACAGACGUCUUCAUCCUGUGUUUCAGUGUCGUCAACCCCACAUCGUUCCACAACGUCACCAAGAAAUGGAUCCCCGAGAUCAGGGCCUGUAACCGCUCCUCGCCCAUCAUCCUGGUCGGCACCCAGUCGGACCUCCUGCUCGACGUCAACGUGCUCAUCAACCUGGACCGCUGCAAGGUCAAGCCUGUCCUCAGCUCCCGGGCGCAGAGCAUGGCAGACAAGAUCAGGGCCGCGGACUACGUGGAGUGUUCCUCUCUGACUCAGAAGAACCUGAAGGAGGCGUUUGAUGCGGCCAUCUUUGCGGGUAUCAAACACAAGACCAGGAAGGGGAAGAAGAGGAGCCUGUCGGACAGACGCACCAAGGCCUUCUCCAGAUGCAGCUGGAAGAAGUUCUUCUGCUUUAUCUGAACUCACUGAUCAUCAACCCUAUGGGUCAUGGAACAAAGCUAUUAUUAUUUAUUAAUUUACAGAGACUAUUGAUAAAGACUUAUUUCGGUGUUAUUAAGGUGGUGGAUGCAGCCAGAUGGUAUUCUCUUGCUGAACCAGUGUGUCUGGGGUCUGGUUUCUGGUCUUGGUUGAUCUCAAAGAUGAAGCCAAGUUGAUUACAUCCAAGUGUGACACAUAUGCAUGUCUAAUUUCUAUUUCUGAUAUGAUCAUGUCAGGAACAGCAAGUGUCUCAACGCUGGGAAGGCUACUGUGCAUGGCUAGCCACGAUGACAGGAACGAACAUCCAGUCAGGAGUAGCCAUGUAAAUGUAGUGAAUUUGCAUUAGCUGGGACACUGCCUACUGCGUUCUGACUGCUGUGUGUAUCAGGGACAGGGAGUGGGCUAAGAGAAGGCUCAGAUUAGUCACUAUUGUGUUCAGCGCUGCCUAGCUCCCCAAAGCCAUUCACAUCCCAGCUGACAGUGCAGGGUCAAGUCACAGUGCAAGGGUGUCACCUUUUGACCUGUACGUGAACCAGUGCUUACCCAUGACACUAUAUUGUUUACUAGGGGUUGAUUCAAUCAGUUGACAAUAUCAACACCCUUCCACAACCAGCAUUUUUGAAAACACAAGGUUCUCCUUAAAUGUCUGUUUGACCAUGAAGGAGAAGCAGGGAGUGAUUGACUAAAAGGAGAAGAAAGCAUUCCCCUUUCUUGGUAUUUUGCACAUGGUGACCCGGGUAAACUGUUUGCUAACUAGUGUACUCCCUGUAGCCCCGACCAAGGUGACUACUCUCUGUCUGGGACUCCUUUGUCUCCUGGUCAUCUCCAUGUGUAAAGGUGAGCACUAUGGGAGGGCUGAAACAGCCCCUAGCUGAAUGCGGUCCCUACCUGUCUCUGUAGUGAAUGAAAACCCCCCUGCUCCAGAGCCACUGUUUAUGAAUAAUCAAGUCCCUGCUUUGUCUCCGGGCUAAACUGCUGCUCGCCAGGCCACACCGUGUACGUCAUGUGGGGGACCUCUGCUUGAGGGUAAACGUUCACCGUUAACGUCUAUGCUACUCUCUGUUUCUGUCAGUUGGGUUGUUUCUGCCAGACUGUCCGGAUCAUGUUAUGGAGGACUGGCACACGCAGGCUAAAGCUUGUUAUGCUUCUUGUAGAAGUGAAUGCUGUAUAUGUCGAAUCUAUUCUGUUUUCUUGAAACAGUUAAUGGAAAGUCAACAUUUUCUUUGUGCAUUGUGAUGAUAAAAUGAUAAUCUCAUUUUGUUGCAGUAAUCCUUGAACAAUACAUUUGUUGUGUGUGAAAUUGUUGCCAAUCAAUUUUAAAAUCUCAUGCUCAGCCCACACUUUGUUGGAAUGAAAGUAAUGAAAAUAAAUGCAUUCAAAUAAAUGUAAAAAAACAAACAA